ACGGAAGGCGAAAGGGGGCCUGGACUGACAGCUAUGACGUUUGCAGAGGAGAAGACUUAUCAGUAUAUCCGCCGCUAUCACAACAACUUUUGCAGUAUCCAUGUUCUGGAGAUUCUGCCUUACCUGUACUGCCUCACGACAAGUGACCAGGACAGACUGCGGGCCUAUUUCAAUCAGUGGGGCAACCACAACACCCUCUGGGAACUCUUCCAUAGUCUUCAGCGGCGGCAAGGCUGGGUCGAUUCCUUCAUUGCGGCACUGAGGAGCUGUGAGAAGACGGAGCUCGCUGAGGAAGUGGCCAGUGUCUACCAGAGCUAUCUACCCACCCCAAAGGAGCCAGCAUCACUUCCUGCCGCGGUUCCAGGGUCCUCUACAACCUCUGAGACUCCCAGCACUGCCCGCAAUGGCUACAGAGGAGAGUUAAAGGCCUCCGUUCCUGUCCAGGACUCCCAGUCACUACUCCUGGGAGAGGAUCCAAAGACAGCCUCACAGACAGCCAGCUCUGGAACUGAUUUUGGGAAGUCAGGCGACCCCAAGGAGCCCUCCUCUGACAUGGCGGCCCGCAGACCUCUGACUUCUAGUGGACACCAGGAGCAGGACACAGAGCCAAGCAGCACCCACACAGCAGGUGUGGCCUCUAGCCCCACACCACCCCGUGGGCCUGUGUCUCCUACUGUCUCCUUCCAGCCUCUGGCCCGUCCCAACCCCAGGGCAAGCCGCUUGCCUGGCCCCCCAGGGUCAGCUCCUCACUCUGGCAUCUCUACCCCAGCCACUGGCUUUGCUUCUGUAGGGGCCGCUGGUGACUGCAUUGAGACUGCCAUCUAUUCCAGCGGCCCAGGGGUCUCCAUCAACUCUAGGAUCACCAGCACUCUGCCUUCCAAGUUGCCCACCAGCACUCUGCCUUCCAAGCUGCCUGUCAACUCUCCAGCCACCAACACCCUGCCUUCCAAGGGGCCCACCAGCUCAAAGCCUCCUGGUACAGUGACCACUAAUGUGCCCACCAAUCUAACAGCAUCUAAAUUGCCCAUCAACUCAGCUCGUGCUGGCACAGUGCCGCCCAAAGUGCCUACUAGCUUGGCGCCUGACCACAGGAUGCCCAUGAGCUCAGUGCCUAGCCAGACACCCGCAGACACAGUGCCCACCAUCGGGAGCGGCAAAAGGCCAACAGAGGAGACUCCAGCCUCUCCAGGUGCUGUGACUGGAGGCCGCUCGCCCCAUCCUGACCGCGGUGCCCCCUGCUGGAGCGCAGACCUGGAGCUGAGCAAGCCUGGCGAGCUGCUCUCCCAGCUGGACAGCCCCUUCUCGGGCUGCUCCGAGGACCUCGCCAUUAGCUACAGUCGCUCCGUGGACACAGGACGCAGCAACACUCCAGAGGAGAACGAGUACCAGACCCUGGAGAGCAUCAGGAUCCGUGUGGAAGAGGAGCCCAGUGCCGACCUGCUAGCCGGCAGCCCCAGGCAGCCAGGGGCCCCGAAGCUCCAGAAGGAGGAGCCACCAGCAGAAUCCAAGUCCAAGGACCGCCAGGCCUCCUGGGCUCCGUGGCUCAGCUUCGCCACGGUGGGGGCCCUCCUGGCUGGGCUGCUGGCCGUGCUGUACCGGCGGCGCCUGCUGCAGUGACGCCUCAGAGCCUCCUCACCACGCACGCUCCCUUCCCCUCCAUCUGUCCAGCCAGAGACUGGCCGGGCUGUCCUGCUGCUUCGUCCUCUCACUGGGCUGGCAGAGGCUGCGUGAGCGUGGAGCCCAGGGAGGCGGUGCACGGGCCCGACCGAAUCCUGAGAGGCAGCUUCCAGCCCCACUGGUGUCCUCCCGCCGGAGGCUUCCUGGACCCUGGGGCACACUCCUGAUCGCGCCCCGGGCAGUCCAGUUGUUGCCCUGGUUCUGUGGAGGCCUUGUCCCUGUCUCCUCAGGCCUGGGCAGCAGGCGGUGCCGUGAGAGCCCCCGACCUGGGGCUGGCAUGCCUCUCUCCCUGUCCCCCCUCACCCCCACCUGGCGCUGGUGGCUGAGAGCAGACUGCUGGGUGGGGCCCACACAGCUUCCCUCCAGCCUGGGGGGGGCAGCUGGAGGCCCUUUCCCCAGGAAUGGGGGUGGCCAGUCUCUGAGGACGCUGCUGCUUAGCGAGAGUGUGUGUGUUUAAGUGUGUAGUAUUUCCCUGGGUCCCAGGAAGACCGAGGCAACUGCUAGGUCUGAGGAACCUCUUCCACCUCCUCACCUGCCUCUCCCCUCCUUCCUGGUCUCCAUUCUCUUUAGCUCCCUGUAAGGCCGAGGGGGCUCUGUACAGUUUCAGUUUCAGCUCUCCUCUGCUGUGUGUUCUUGGCAGAGCAUCGGACUUUUCUCAUCUUGCUUCCCCAUUCGGGCAGUGAUUGGGCUCAUCCUUCACUAGGUGCUUCUGAGACUGGAGCGUGCAGCUGUUUGUCAAGUGCCUGACCACUAAGUGCUUCUAUCUCUUCCCUGCUCAGCCUGGUGGAAACGAGGGCAGGAGAGGGUGGGCAAACUAGACGCAGCCUGGAAGGGUGUCUCCUCAGGGAAUGCAGGGAAGGGUGCACGUCUGCAGUGUAGAGUGGCCCAGGCCUCUGGCUCUCACUAGUUUGUGCUCUUGGCCAAGGUACUAACCUCCUGUGCCUCAGUUUCCCACCUGUAAAAUGAGUAUGAGUGGUAUAUAUAUAUAUAUAUAUAUAUAUAUAUAUA